CGGGGGAGGGAAGGGGGGGGGAGGCAUCCCUUCUCAUGUGUCUUCUUGUUUUUGAUUCCUCUGUUAUGUUAUGGCCUCUUACAUGGCAUUUCCAUCUGCGUUACCGACUCAAUGGCAAGCGGGAUGGACAGUUGUUACUUCAGUUCUUUACCAUUUGUGGAGUCUCUUCGCACGCCCGUGCCCCAUGGUGCUGAGAACUCAUGUGAGAGCCGGUCUCCAGACGUUGCCAUCACACCGUCGAAACGUGGCCUUCCGGCACACCGUGCUGAUGGUAUGCCCAGACGUCGCGCACGUUAUCUGGCCGUCCCAUCUUCCAAUGCGCACGUUGUGCGUCGUCUUCGCCUUGACGACAUCAUCAACGACGCCGUCGGCUUGCCUUCUGAUGCCGCCACGGGACCACCGCACGGGUCUGCUGAACCAAGUAUUCGGGUGGAUUCGACACCAGCAAGUGACACUGGUGACCGGUGUGCUCCCAUGGACAUGCUAUCGCUGCCGUCAUGCGAAGGCAGUGGACAAGGGGGGGGGGAUUUUGCUCGUUUGUCGGACGUUGACUUGCCGGUCGGAGAGGAUACCGCUGUCUUCUGCAAGAUGUGGAGGGACUUUUUCUGGCACGUUCGCCUUGCAAGGGUGACCGACCACGCGAGAUGUAACGAGUGCAUUAAAAAUAGCAUCCUCAUAGAGGGUGCUCUCCCCGAGCCGAGACGAGCGCUGGUCGCAAAACAGAAAAGUCACAUUGCACUGCAGUCUGCACACCGGAAAAAGUACAGCGUGUGGUCCACUGAAUCGGAACAUAGACCGAAACAGAGUUUGUGUAUCAUCAUCGACGGUAUGGAUCAAGCAAAAACAACGAUUCCCCAUGUAUCGAGAAGACGUUUGUCAAAAGAAAUGUCGAAUGACACGAUGAUGAAAACUAAUCUCACUGGGAUAGUCGCGCAUGGCAAGACACCGUCGCUCUUUGUCCACACGUGGUUCCCGUACUUGUCGCACGGUUCGAACUCGGUUGUUAACUCCAUUACCAAAGUGUUGAGAGAUGUCCAAGCACGCGAAGGGGAGCUCCCGCCGAAGUUGCGGGUGCAAGCUGACAACUGUGGGGGACAAAACAAAAACAAGUAUGUGUUCGCCUUCAUGGCCAUGCUUGUCAAAUUUCGGAUAUUUGAGGUCGUUGAAAUGGGGUUCAUGAUAGUGGGUCACACACACACGGACAUAGAUGCGAAGUUCAGCUUGUUUGCAAAAAAAAUGAGCGGUUGUGAUGCAUAUACCAUGGACGAGCUCUUCGAUGUUCUCAAAGCAUCCUGCGAAGAGGAGGUCGAUUGCACGUUGCUCACUGAAAUUGCUGACUGGAAAACCGCCAUAGAUCCGUACAUCGAUCAUAAAAUCAAGGGUCAUGCCACGCCGCACCUCUUUCGGUUUUACAUGGACGGGGACAACCUCGCCAUGAUGUACAAGGAGUUCUGCACCGACAAAAAGUGGGAGUCAGACACUGGCCCUGUCUAUUGGUUUAAAAGGGACGCACUCAACGGGUGGGCAGGGCCUGAAUGGGGUUUCCAGCCUUACCGUGAGUCACCUAACCCGGAGGCAGGCGAUUUCGUUAACGGAAUAGCAGGGUUGCGUGUUCUCCAUAGAUCGUGGGAGAACUCACAAAACCAUUGGGAGACACAAGACGAACACACAAGAGCAAUGAAUUGUAGACGCUUAAACUACUGGUCCGACAAUCUGAAAAAGUUUGAAAACAUAUCGCAAGAGGAGAGCGGUACGAGGCCCCUUGAAGGUCCCUUCUGGCCAACUCCCAUGCCCGAUACACAAGAUCUCCCGUUAGGUGCGCCGCAUAUCCUCAACUCGCCACCGAGGAAACCUUGCUUCGUCGGUUACAAGAGAGACGCUCUCAAACCGGAGUUCAAACCGCAUGACUCUGUCGCCGUGAACAACUUCGUCGUGUUCCGCGCGCCCGACGAGUAUGUUGAAAAGGGCUGCACAUUUUGGAUAGAGCGUGUUAUGGAGCGGGAUGAUAGUCGUAUCCGCGUCAAGUAUUGGACAGCUUGUGGAAGGGAUCGCGACUUAUCGAAGCUGUAUGUAGACGCAUGGGCAAAGACGUGGAAGGUUGAAACUGAAUCCGCCGAAGGAUGGCAAGACCUCGACGCCGUUGUGUGGGCAUGGGCCAGCAACAAACGGUCCGAGACAGGGCUUACAAUAUGUGCAACGAAGACAUGGAGACAAAAGAUCCCGCAGAGUGAUGCAGGAGACUCGAUGGAUCCUUCUGAUUACCCCCUUGUAGCACCAUGGCCAUCCUUCGGCUCGGGUCGCAAUGCGCCGGGACCUCGACACCUUGGUCUCAUCAAUGGAGUGAACCUUACCGAUGUUGCUCUUACAGGAAAUGGAACAAUCAACGGUCAAGGUGAUUGGAUUUGGAAGCUGGUCGCUGCGAACGAGUUUAAUUACACUCCCGGUUGUAUGAUUGAGUUCAUGUGGUCCCAGCGAAUCAUCAUCUCGGGAUUGACACUUGUCAAUUCAACCUUCUGGAAUAUUCAUCCAAUUUACUGCGAGCGAGUAUUCAUCCACGGGCUGAAGAUCUCAGCCCCGGACGAAUCUGAGAACACGGAUGGAGUGGAUAUCAAUUCUUGCCGACGUGUCAUUGUGGAGGAUUGCCACAUCAGCACCGGCGACGAUGCCAUCAGCAUUAAGAGUGGAUGGGAUCAAUACGGAAUACGUUUCGGGAUGCCCUCGGAGAAAAUCAAGAUCAGAUCCCUCACCGUAGGUAAGCGAACAGAAAGAUGUAUGCUGUGCGAUGGUUCAUCGUGGCUAUGUCCUAAGGGACUGACGCGGCGGGAUCCCGUCAUGUCCUAAGGGACUGACGCGGCGGGCUACCGUCAUGUCCGAAGGGCUUUCGGGAAAGGGAAAGUGGAUUGCUUCGGCAAUCCCGGUG